ACCACGAGCCCGGCUCACAGGCGGUCCUCAACCAUCAUCGUCCGCGCCUCAUCCUUAGGUAUUUCCACCACCGUCCCCCGGCAGACGCAGACCAUCAAUAAAUAAUCAUGGCCACGCGACUCCUAGCGGGCAAGACGGCGGCCAUCACGGGCGGCACGACGGGUAUCGGCCGCGCCAUCACGCUCGAGUACCUCCGGCAGGGCGCCAACGUCGCCGUCAACCACCUGGGGCUCCCCAGGGACGAGCCGCUGCGGCAGAGCCUGCUGGAGGAGGCCAGGCGCAUCCGGGCCGAGGCGCCCCGCGACCUGCCCACGGGCGAGAUACUGGAGAUCGCGGGCGACGUGACGGACCCGGCGACGGGCAGCGCGCUCGUGGCCGAGGCGGCGCGGCGGUGGGGGUCGCUGGACAUCUUCAUCGCCAACGCGGGCAUCUUCAAGGCGUGCAAGUUUCUCGACAUCGACAAGGAGACAUUCGACACCUCCCAGCUCGUCAACGUCAACGGGGCCUUCUACGCGUGCCAGGCGGCCGCGCGGCAGAUGGUGGCGCAGGGAAAAGGCGGCUCCAUCAUCGGCAUCUCGUCCAUCAGCGCGCUGGUCGGCGGCGGGCAGCAGGUCCACUACACGCCGACCAAGGCGGCGCUGCUGUCCAUGACGCAGUCGAUGGCCAUCGCGCUGGCCAAGGACAGGAUCAGGGUCAACGCCCUGCUGCCGGGGACGAUCCACACGCAGCUGGCGGACCGCGACAUGGCCGACCCGGGGAAGCGGCGCUACCUGGAGCAGCGCAUCCCGUGGGGCCGCGUCGGGAGGCCCGAGGACCUGGCCGGGCCGGCGGUGUUCCUCGGGUCGGAGAAGCUGAGCGGGUUUGUCACUGGGGCGCAGUUACUUGUGGAUGGGGGGAUGUACGUGCAUCUUCAGUGAGGGGGUGCGUGGUCUGGAUGCCUGCUAGGAAUGGGAUUGGGUGAGGGGGCAUGGCCGAUUCGAUGCGGUCGUUUUGCUCAUGCCUCCUUUUUACCGGGGGCAGGCCGGUGAGAGGUAGAGAUUCAGGCUGCCAGGACGGAUUCGGGGAGGGCCACGACACACCCUAUUAUCAUAUCCUCUUUGACUCCGAGGAGGACUCCAAGGUCGCAUGUAACGUAUCUGUAAAGCCCGCAGAACUUCCAGUCUUGUCGACAUGA